AGCACCCGCAGGCCAGGAGAGCGUUCCGGGAGGCGCCGGCGCCUCCCCGCGGCCUGGGCGCACGUGCCUGGGCUGGGGCCGGAGCCGGCGGUCGCGCCGCGCCGUAGUAGCUGGGGCGGGUGGGAGCGGCUGGCUCCGGGCCACGGCCGCCGCCCGCCCGCCGGCUCCGGUGGUUGGGCGGAGGAAGCGCGGGACUCCUCCUCCCCACCGUAUUAACAUGCACCCAGGGGCGGGUGACCAGCCCAGCCUUGCAGCCCCAGCCCGCCGCGUCCCGGCGCUCAGCCUCCGCUCCAGAGGCGAGCGCUGCGCUUCGGGCGCCGCAAUCUCGAGGACACGGCCUCGCGGACACCUUCCGCCCCGGGAAAUCGGCAGCAUAGGCGGCGCGAACGGCCGCCGCCGCCUCGGCUCCUCUCUCGAGUCCUUCCUGUCACCUCGCUGAGAGCCGGUCCCGGUCGCGGGGACAUCUCUCUCGUCCUUCCUCUGAGGCUCGUGGGACCAACGGACGGACGCAGCCAGCGAGGGCCGGACUGCGGGACGCGGCCAGUGUUGCUCUGUCACCCAGGCUGGAGUGCAGUGGCAUGAUCUUGGCUCACUGCAGCCUCUGCCUUCCGGGUUCCAGUGAUUCUCCUGCCUCAGCCUCCCGAGUAGCUGGGAUUACAGCACAUCGUGAGUGGUGCUCUUGAGUUCCUUCAAGUGAUUACUACUUAGAUCUUCCCCUGGGACACCUUCUUGAAAGGACCAGCGUGCAUCCACUUUGCUUAGAUAUAAUCCCAGAUUAGUGGAGGUGUUGCCAAGCAGACUUCACUUGUCUCACUAACACUGGAGCAGUUGAACAUCAGAUACUCAGAGUGACAUCAGGUUAAAAAAAAAGCCUGCAAUUUGGAUCUUUUCCUGCCUCAGAAGCAAGGAAAAUGGACAAUUGAUAAUCAAAGGCUAAAUCUAUUCUGGGAUCCACUGAAUGCCACUAGCGGGUCUGCUCGAGAGAAUUCCUGAUUGAAUGACAACGGCGCUAAGAACAAUCCCUGCCCAAGACGGGUCUGGAACCUGACUUCUGGGUGUCCAUGACCCUGGCGGCUGCUUCCCGUCAGCAAUGAAAGGGCUAUCGGGCAGCCGCAGCCAUCACCACGGAGUCACCUGCGACUCGGCCUGUGACUCGCUGUCGCACCACUCCGACCGCAAGCCCUACCUGCUGAGCCCAGUGGAGCACCACCCCGCGGACCACCCGUACUACACCCAGCGGAACUCCUUCCAGGCUGAGUGUGUGGGCCCCUUCAGCGACCCGCUGGCCAGCAGCACCUUCCCCCGCAGGCACUACACCUCGCAGCAAGAGCUGAAGGACGAGUGUGCCCUGGUGCCCCGCACCCUGGCCACCAAGGCGAACCGCAUCCCCGCCAACCUGCUGGACCAGUUCGAGCGGCAGCUGCCACUCAGCCGCGAUGGCUAUCACACUCUGCAGUACAAGCGCACGGCCGUGGAGCACCGCAGCGACAGCCCCGGCCGCAUCCGCCACCUGGUGCACUCGGUCCAGAAGCUCUUCACCAAGUCGCACUCCCUGGAGGGGCCGUCCAAGGGCAGCGUCAACGGGGGCAAGGCCAGCCCUGACGAGGCGCAGGCGGCGCGCUAUGGCAAACGCAGCAAGAGCAAGGAGCGGCGCGCAGAGCCCAAGGCCCGGCCCAGCACCUCCCCGGGCUGGUGGAGCUCGGACGACAACCUGGAUGGUGACAUGUGCAUCUACCACGCCCCCUCGGGCGUGAUGACCAUGGGCAGGUGCCCCGACCGCUCGGCCUCACAGUACUUCAUGGAGGCCUACAACACCAUCAGCGAGCAGGCGGUGAAGGCCUCCCGGAGCAACAACGACGUCAAGUGCUCCACCUGCGCCAACCUGCCGGUCAGCCUGGACACCCCGCUGCUGAAGAAGAGCGCCUGGUCCUCCACGCUCACCGUGAGCCGGGCCCGGGAGGUUUACCAGAAGGCCUCGGUGAACAUGGACCAGGCCAUGGUGAAGUCCGAGUCGUGUCAGCAAGAACGCUCCUGCCAGUACCUGCAGGUUCCUCAAGAUGAAUGGACAGGGUACACCCCUCGAGGAAAAGAUGAUGAAAUUCCAUGCCGAAGAAUGCGGAGUGGCAGUUAUAUCAAGGCCAUGGGGGAUGAAGACAGUGGAGACUCAGACACGAGUCCCAAGCCUUCUCCUAAAGUUGCUGCGCGGAGAGAAAGCUAUCUCAAGGCUACUCAGCCAUCCCUUACAGAACUCACCACACUCAAAAUCUCCAAUGAACACUCACCCAAACUCCAGAUCCGGAGUCAUAGUUACUUGAGGGCAGUGAGUGAAGUCUCCAUCAACCGGAGCCUGGACAGCCUCGACCCUGCAGGCUUGCUCACAUCACCAAAGUUCCGCUCCAGGAAUGAGAGCUACAUGCGAGCCAUGAGCACCAUCAGCCAGGUGAGCGAGAUGGAAGUGAACGGGCAGUUCGAGUCCGUGUGCGAGUCCGUGUUCAGCGAGCUGGAGUCGCAGGCCGUGGAAGCGCUGGACCUGCCCAUGCCCGGCUGCUUCCGCAUGCGGAGCCACAGCUAUGUGCGGGCCAUUGAGAAAGGCUGCUCCCAGGACGACGAGUGCGUGUCCCUGAGGUCGUCCUCGCCGCCGCGCACGACCACCACCGUUAGGACCAUCCAGAGCAGCACGGGUGUCAUAAAACUGAGUUCUGCAGUUGAAGUGUCAUCUUGCAUUACAACAUAUAAGAAGACACCACCUCCAGUCCCACCCAGAACUACCACGAAACCUUUCAUUUCUAUCACAGCCCAGAGUAGCACAGAGUCAGCCCAGGAUGCCUACAUGGACGGACAGGGCCAGCGAGGAGAUAUUAUCAGCCAGUCUGGACUCAGCAACUCCACCGAGAGCCUGGACAGUAUGAAGGCUCUGACAGCCGCCAUCGAAGCUGCAAACGCCCAGAUCCAUGGCCCUGCCAGUCAACACAUGGGCAAUAACACGGCCACCGUCACCACCACGACUACCAUAGCCACCGUCACCACGGAGGACAGGAAGAAGGACCACUUUAAGAAAAAUCGAUGCCUGUCUAUCGGGAUACAGGUGGAUGAUGCUGAAGAACCUGACAAAACAGGGGAGAAUAAAGCACCCAGUAAGUUCCAGUCCGUGGGAGUGCAAGUAGAAGAAGAGAAGUGCUUCCGCAGGUUCACUCGAUCCAACAGUGUGACGACAGCAGUACAGGCCGACCUGGACUUCCAUGAUAAUCUGGAAAAUUCUCUGGAAUCUAUAGAGGACAAUUCGUGUCCUGGCCCAAUGGCCAGACAGUUCUCCCGCGAUGCCAGCACCUCCACAGUCAGCAUUCAGGGCUCAGGAAACCAUUACCAUGCCUGUGCCGCCGAUGAUGACUUUGACACGGAUUUUGACCCCUCUAUUCUGCCUCCUCCGGACCCCUGGAUUGACUCUAUCACUGAAGACCCUCUGGAGGCCGUGCAAAGGUCAGUGUGCCACCGGGACGGCCACUGGUUCCUGAAGCUCCUCCAGGCAGAGCGAGAUCGUAUGGAGGGGUGGUGCCAACAGAUGGAGCGGGAAGAACGGGAAAACAACCUGCCCGAAGACAUUCUAGGAAAAAUCCGAACCGCAGUGGGCAGUGCCCAACUUCUCAUGGCCCAGAAAUUCUACCAGUUCAGAGAACUGUGUGAAGAAAACCUGAAUCCUAAUGCUCAUCCAAGACCCACCUCCCAGGAUUUGGCGGGGUUUUGGGACAUGCUGCAGUUGUCCAUAGAAAAUAUUAGUAUGAAAUUUGAUGAACUUCAUCAGUUAAAGGCCAAUAAUUGGAAACAGAUGGAUCCUCUUGACAAGAAGGAGAGAAGGGCCCCUCCUCCAGUGCCAAAGAAGCCGGCGAAGGGCCCCGCGCCGCUGAUCCGGGAGCGCUCGCUGGAGAGCUCGCAGCGCCAGGAGGCCCGCAAGCGCCUGAUGGCCGCCAAGCGCGCCGCGUCCGUCCGCCAGAACUCGGCCACCGAGAGCGCCGAGAGCAUCGAGAUCUACAUCCCCGAGGCGCAGACCCGGCUCUGAGCGCCCUGCAGCCCGGCCGCCGCCGCCAAGUAUCUGUCCCCUCCUCCCCCUGCCACCCCUCUGCCGGCUCCCUCUUCCCCUCCGAGCCCGUCUGUUUCCGAGCUCAGUGACUUCCACUGUCGUGGUGUAGUUGUCCAUCUCGCAGGAGCCGCUCCCCAGUCCCCCCUUAGCCCCCCACUUCCCGUACCCGUUUGCCCAUCUUCUUCACCGAGCUUCGCCCCCUGUCCUGAUGCCGUCACCCUGCCUCAUACUGAGAUCCAACCCUUUAUUUUCUGGGCAAAGCCAAACCCACCUGUGUAGAAGUGAUGCCUUUAGGUCACCCGCCAUCCUCAGUUCUCUCGAGCUAGUCUGUUCAGCAAUAUAAAACCAUAGGGUAUUUCAGAAAUCCAGUAUCACAGGGUGAUCCUUUGGGACUUACCGUCUUCCACAUGAAAGAAACUAGGCCUCCGAUUCCCUUUAUUUCCCCUAAAUGGUUAUUCUUUUUAAAAAGCAGAUGGAGCACUUUAUUCCCAGCCUCAGAAAUCACACCAUCUCACUGGAAUCCAUGAGGGACACAAAGAGAGGGGACCAAGCCUGGCCUGGGGGUGGGGGACCUGGAUGUGUAGCAAGGAUGGGAGAAGCGAAAUCUGCAGGUGCUGGGGGCACCUGCACACUCACAGCUGCACAAACUGCCUCACUGUUACUUCAUCAAUCACAGCUUCAAAUGUCUCAAUCAGCAGAAGAUUGUAAAUUUGAUCUUUCAGGGAAAUUAAUCUAUUCUGAAAGGCAAUAACAUGAAGCAAGGCAAAGGAGGCACUGAUGGUUUAGGAUACUACAUAAGGGAUUUUUUUUUGUUCUAUUAUUAAGAAAAUCUAGACCUGAAAUGUUUUCUCAACUCUUAUUGUACUGUGUAUAUUUAUAUUGUUGUCGUGGCGGCUGUUUUUAAAGGGAAAGUGUCGGUUCUAUUAAUUUGUUAAGUGUCCAUCCAGGUGGGCCUACCUGAUUCCACAUAUAUAAGUACAUAUCUGCUUAUAAAGCGCUGUAAAUGGCAGCAAGGCUGUUUUCGGAGAAGAGUUUGGGUUUUCCUACCAUCCCUUUGAAUGCUACACAUCCGUCUAUUUUAACCCAAGUAGUUCAUAUUUCAGAUAUAUUUUCUCCUUUCGCCUCCUCUCACUACUACAGAGUCCAGUAAUAUCUAGCAUAGGAUUCUGUCCUAUGUCAAAUGGCUAAAAUAAAUUUUUGCCCCAAUAGACAUGCUGCCUCAUUCAAAAGAGCUGCCGCUGUCAUCUUGAGGUUCCAGGUAGUGAGAGAAGAAACUCGACCUGCCAGGGUCAACAGUCAUGAAGAGGUGGAGGGAGUCAUGACUCAUAAACACUGAAAGAAAUCAAGGCUUUUGGCAGAGAGUAUUGAUUUAGAUUUUUAGUCUUGAUCGAUGGGCAGUAUUCAUCGGUGUCUAGCUCAAGUUGUCUUUAAAUGCCCUUACUCGUCGUGGUUUAAACACUUAGGAUGUGGCAAUCUUAAGUAUCAAUGGCAUUUUAUGUCCAGCUCACAUCCUAAAGCAUUAGAAAUUAAAAACGAAAGACUUUUAAAAACAUACAUCAAACAUGCUUGCACCAGAGAAACUUUUUAAAAUAAUACAUUCUCAUAGCCAGGUGCUAAUUUAAUUUUACUUAUGAAAUUAAGAGAGGUGAUGGGUUCUAGCAACAAAUAUUUUCACGGACAUAUUCUAAAACCACUAGAGAAUUCGCUACCUCUCAGAGCCAUCGAUGCUUUGAGCUACCUUUAUAAACAGGGCACAAAUGUUUACUGCUGUGGUUUACAAGAAAAGGGCUACUCACUUAUUUUGAAACCAACGAACCAACUUUUAACUAGGGUGAACAAAGCACUUUGAGUGCUUUGUGAAAUUGGAGCAUACAGAGAUUUUGAGCUUCAAGUAUUUGCUAGUUUUAAAAAGAAUACACCUUUUCUUUACCUUGUAGCAGCAAUUAAAAGUCACACAAAGCUUGCAUCGAGUAGGGCCAACUGCCACUUGGGUAGCCUAUGGUCACAUUCAAUACUGAGAAUGACUUGGAACUCACAGAUUAAUAUGAAAGAAGCAGCGUUCAUCCCAAGACCCACGCUCACAAUUAUAGCUCCGUGCCCUGAGGCUGAGUUAAGAUUUGGAUUAAGAAAUAGAUUUCUAAUACGAUUCAAGAUCAUCCUACAAUAUUUUCUUUGGAAACUAAUUUAGCCCAUGAUAUUUUAAAGAGAGACAAGAGAAGGUCUGUUUAUCUUGUCUAAGUGAACGGUAUUUGUAUAUUCAUAAGCUAUUUUUGGUAAGAAUUUUAAAUCUUUUAGCUCAAGGCCUACAGGGCAUCAUGAUCUUUGCCUUCCUUGAAAACACAAUUUAAAUUGUACAAACACUUUAUAAAAAGCUAAUUAUUGAUGUUAGAACAUGACCCCACACAAUGCUGCUUGACCCCUGAAACUGACAUUCAUGAGCAUAACCUUUGUGACAUUGUUCUUUUUGAUGUAAUUUGUAGAAAUGUUUUUUAGUUCAUAAUGGAAAAUGUAUGUACCCUGAAAAAUUACUUAUUUUGUUUAACUUUGGUAUAAAGGUGUUGGGCAUUUUCUUGGGGAGGGGGGGAUUACAAAAGAAGUUUGUCUCCCACAUCAAAAAACGUUCAAAGAAAUUAAGUAUUUAUUAUAUUUUUUGCAGAUGUUUCCAUACAAUUCACAUAACCUUUUUGUAAAGAGAGAUGAAGAAAUGGAUUAAAGAUUUUUAAUAUUUGAAAUGGUAAAUAGAACUAAUUUAUUGUAAUAUAUUUCUGUUAUUUAUAGAUGUUUCCUUAAUGUUUUACUGUGCAUUACCACUUUCAUUUAAGCCUUAUCCUUGUGAAUUUACCAUUUCUUUUUUAAAACAUGUCUAGAUGCAUAUUUUAAAUAACUGGAAUGUAAAUCACUAGCAUAUCUGAAUUCCCAAAUGUAAUUUUUAAAAAUUAUUUUGGUUUGGAAAAAAAAGAUUCAUUUGAAAGCCUUCAGAUGGAGGGGUGGGGAACAUUUUUAUGGCUUUAUGAAUUGGAAUUUCAUAGGCUUAUUUACCUAGAUUGUGUGUGAACAAAAAAAAUUGUAAAUAGAUGAAUGUUUCCCAUAAUGUAAAAAGAAGAAAUUAAUAAAAUAAUUAAUGCACUGC